AUGUUCGGCUCCAGCCGCGGCGGGGUGCGUGGCGGGCAGGACCAGUUCAACUGGGAAGACGUGAAGACCGACAAGCAGAGGGAGAACUACCUCGGCAACUCGCUGAUGGCGCCAGUGGGCCGCUGGCAGAAGGGCCGCGACCUCACCUGGUACGCGAAGGACCGUGCGCCGUGCGCUGGCCCGAGCCGUGAGGAAGAGCUGGCGGCUGUGCGCGAGGCGGAGCGCGAGGCGCUGCUGGCCGCACUCGGUUACAAGAACGUGAGGAAACAGCCCACCGGCCUGAGCAAGGAGGACUUCGUGGAGAUCUGCAAACGGGAAGGAGGCGACCCUGAGGAGAAGGGCGUGGACCGGCUGCUGGGCCUGGGCAGUGCCAGUGGCUCCGCAGGCCGUGUGGCACUAUCCCGGGAAGACAAAGAGGCUGCCAAGCUUGGGCUGUCAGUGUUCACGCACCACCGCGUGGACAGCGAAGGCCCAAGCACAGCCCCAUCUGCUGCCAGGAAGAAGCCCCGUGCUGAGGACAAGGCCGAACUGGAUACAGAGAGCUCUAAGAAAAGCAAGAAAGAAAAGAAACACAAGAAGAAAAAACACAAGAAACACAAGAAGAAGAAAGACAAAGAAUACAAAAGGGAGACUGACAGCUGCCCAUCAUCUCCCUCCCCUGCUCGGCCCAGACACCAGAGACAUGACUCUGACUUCUCCCCCUGCUCUAAGAGGAAGCGGGGACAUAGCCAGGACAGUGGAAGGAGCCCAUCCCGCAAACGACAAGACAGAGGCUUUGAUGACUGAGAAUGUGGCUAGACCAAAGGACACCCGAGCCCUGGUUGCCCCGAGCUGGGACCCUCCCACCACCAAGCUUUGUGGGGUCUAUAAAGAGUAGUCACUGGAUGCCAAGUGGCUACCAGCCCCCUCCCUACUUGCUCAAACUAACCGUCCCAUCCCUAUCUGGGAUAACGCAGGUGGUAGGAUUCUGAACCAAGCUUGUUGGACUUUGGGAUCUAUCUCGCUAUUUGGAGGCAACUUAUGUGGCAACCACUCCAGGCAGCUGAGUGGGGUCCUAGGUGACCAGAGACUAGUGGUUCUGUGAAGGUAGUGCCCUUGUCUUGCCCCCAUGCCAAGGAAGAUAUAGUUGCCCAGAAGCCUAAGGCCAGACUCCUGUUUCUGCUGUCACAGUACAGGCCCUUGAGGUUUAGGGGUGUGUGUGUGUGUAUGGAUAUCUGGUUACUUCUACUUUUUGUAUCAACCCACUUUGUACGUAAGUAAAUGUAUUUUAAAAGUA